UAAACAGGUCUGCCAUGGGGCUGGCUUGCUAGUUCUCCAUUUUGUAUGUUUUUCCUGGAGGUUAGCGCCUACUUUCCUAAUGGCUAGCUGUGAAUCCCCAUAGCUCAGCCAGCUCAAGGCAGCCUGCGCGACAAAUUGCAAGCAAGAUCGCACUGGAAGACUGGAAAACAACUCACAAACGCUCUUGAAUUGGUGUGUUUUUUUGUUUUUUUUGUCGGUUUAUCAAGCCAUGUAGCUUGGAGCCGACGCGCAGCGAGCAACGUUAACAAACAUUGAGUCAGGGCUCCGUGUUGUGGACUGCCACUUUCAACCAAAACAAUGUUGACAGACGACUUGUGGACACAUACCAACAAUCAGUCAUUUCAAGGAUGGAUAAAGGUGGAGUGAAGAAGAUUACAUACAGAAGAGAUGACCAUUCAAGCAAAUUGGUCUAUACCGAAAGCGCUGAGGAGGGAGGUCUGUUAAAAGUCGCUCCUCAGAGUGCCAUGUCCAUCACCUCUGCCACAUCUGUCGUUCUUCCAUCCAGCCCGUUGAUGCAGCCAGGACAGGUGCCUAACGGCCUCAGUGACAGCCCCUUCCCUGAGGAGCUCACCUCCAUCACAGCCACUGUAGGCCCCGUGUUAGAAGACUCAGAGUCCAGGGGACUGACCAAAGAUCAGAGGGUUCAGCAGCAGUUCCUCCAAACACAUACUUCAUCUGCGUUUGGGCGUCAGAUCUUGAGGGAGCAUUUGCCCCAGUUGGAGGCCAGUAUAGCUGACAUUAACCAGUCCUCAAUGGAUUCACUUAUUGGGGGCUCAGAUCCCAACUUCUUCCCAAUGAAAACAGAGGAUUUCUCCAUGGAUAAAGGAGACCAAGACCCCAUUGACCUUGAUCACGCCUUUGAGCACAUUGGCAAAGAUGUGGACGUGCACCAGAAAUUGUUCAGUGACAAUGCUCUAGACUUGCUCCAAGACUUCGAGCUCACUGGGUCCCCCUCAGAAUUUUAUGUAGGGGAUGAUGCCUUCCUGUCCUCUCUGGCAGACGAUUCUCUGCUUGGGGAUGUUGGCUCAGAGAGGGACACAAAGUCUGCUGUGGCUGAAAGCAUUAACGGCAGUGGGGCAGUCUUUGUUGCUCUCAAUGGCAGUAAUAUGACAAGUCCAGAUCAGUCGUGCCCUAGCAUAUCCCCAUCUGCCUCCUUAACCCCUACAACCACUUUGCCUGCAUUGGUGAAGAAAGAAAAAGAUGCCAGCUUCAUUCAGCUCUGCACCCAAGGUGUGAUCAAGCAGGAGAAGACGUCUGCAGGCCAGAGUUAUUGCCAAAUGAGCGGCACAUCUUCCACAGACAUGCCCAGCUCUAACUCCAUCUCCAUCUGUGGGGUCAGCACUUCAGGAGGACAGAGCUACCGCUUUGGAGUCAACCCCAGCAGCAAUGAAACUCAGCAGCAAAAGGAUCAGAAAACAGUAACCAGCCUGUUUCUCCCGGUGACGACCAUCGCUGGGCCCUGGAACAGAAGCCAGGGUAUUGGGGACAACGCAGUGCUGAACAGGGCCAGUGAGGCUUUCUCGAGCUCUCCCUCUUUCUCCACCAGCUUUUCCAGUUCCAUCUCCAGACAGGAAGCGGUCACUGCUACGUCCUCAGCACAGGGAAAGAGCGGGACUCAUAAAAUCUGCCUGGUCUGCUCUGACGAGGCUUCAGGCUGCCACUAUGGCGUUCUCACCUGUGGCAGCUGCAAGGUCUUCUUCAAGAGAGCAGUGGAAGGGCAGCAUAAUUACCUGUGUGCCGGGAGGAAUGACUGCAUAAUAGACAAGAUCAGGAGGAAGAACUGCCCGGCCUGUCGCUUCCGCAAGUGUCUGAUGGCAGGCAUGAACCUGGAAGCACGCAAAACCAAAAAGUUGAACCGCUUAAAGGGGAACCUGCCGAGCAACCCGCCCGAGCUGACCACUCCUCCGCCGAUGGAGGCUCGCUCCCUAGUGCCCAAGUGCAUGCCUCAACUCGUCCCCACGAUGUUGUCUCUGCUGAAGGCCAUUGAGCCGGACACCAUCUACGCCGGCUACGACAGCACCCUGCCCGACACCUCCACCCGCCUGAUGACCACCCUCAACAGGCUUGGCGGCCGGCAGGUCAUCUCAGCUGUCAAGUGGGCCAAGGCUCUGCCAGGUUUCAGGAACCUGCACCUGGACGACCAGAUGACUCUGCUGCAGUGCUCCUGGCUCUUCCUCAUGUCUUUCGGUCUUGGCUGGAGGUCUUACCAGCAGUGCAACGGCAACAUGCUGUGUUUCGCGCCAGACCUCGUCAUAAACGAGGAGCGGAUGAAGCUGCCCUACAUGGCCGACCAGUGCGAGCAGAUGCUGAAGAUCUCCAGCGAGUUUGUCCGGCUGCAGGUUUCCCACGACGAGUAUUUGUGCAUGAAGGUCCUGCUGCUGCUCAGCACAGUGCCAAAGGAUGGCCUGAAGAGCCAGGCGGUGUUCGACGAUAUUCGGAUGUCGUACAUCAAGGAGCUGGGUAAAGCCAUCGUGAAGCGUGAGGAGAACUCGAGCCAGAACUGGCAGCGUUUCUAUCAGCUCACCAAGCUGCUCGAUUCCAUGCACGAGAUGGUCGGAGGACUGCUCAGCUUCUGCUUCUACACCUUUGUGAAUAAAUCCCUGAGCGUGGAGUUCCCGGAGAUGCUGGCCGAGAUCAUCAGCAACCAGUUACCAAAAUUCAAGGCCGGGAGCGUCAAACCUCUCCUCUUCCACCAGAGAUGACUGUGCCCCAUAAAAGACACAAUGCCUUAAAUUCCCGCCACAUCAUCUCAUCGUCUCCCCCCCUCGCCACCCCCUUCCUCCCUACCCCCACCUCCCUCCCAAGAGCGACAAUGAAAGGGACUGAGGAUGCAAAGCGUGGAAGGAGUGAAUGAUGUUUUCAGGAGCAAGUAUGCAACUUUGUGUAGUGAGUUAUGGGUCUGGAGAAGAAACCAGACAGCAAGCACAGAGCAGACUAAGAUGUAGUGUGUAACACGUAGGAAAUGUUUGUAAGAUAGAAGAUGAUCGCAAAGAGAAAUAGGCUUAACAUCCAUGUCGUCUCAGGUUUCUUACCUUCAAACACAGAACGAUAUCUGAAGUAGAUACAAACAAACAUCUAUGUACAGGUUCUGAUAGUAUUUUCUACCUUUUCAAAUUGUAACAGUUUAUACAAUUUUCCAGGUCGCUGUUACCUGGGAAGGUAACAAAGCUUAAUUAAUAACAUGCUCUUAAGUAGGCUCUUUGACUGUAUGGUCCUCUUUUAGUUUUUAUAGGAGGUUGUAACAAAAUGUUUAUCAGUCACGUGGAGAAAAGAAAAAAAAGACGUUUUUUCCAGUCAUGUAAAAAGCAUAUUUCAUUGCUUUGAUAGAUACUUCGGACAUUGGAACUGACGUGCACCGUUCAAAGGAUGAUUUCUCCCACACGCCGACCUCUUCCAGGUUUACACACGUCUAUUAUAAAAGGGAAAAAAAAUGUGCCUUUUUUGCUUCGAAUAUCAUGUUAGCCAUUUCUUUCUACCCGUUGAACCCAUGGUGGUCUACCUUCAUCGUACGUUGAUUGUACUUUUUCAUGUGACAUGCAGUUGCAAGUUUUUCCUUUUCCUCGACGGCUGUGUUUAUCUUUAGAAGUGGCAGCUCGGUCCAUCCUCCCUGUGUGCAGAAAUUAUCCUUGUCCUUUUUUAGAUUAUUCUAACCUUGCUUCCUUUCACGCGAUCUCACGCACACUCAACUCCUUAAGUGCUAUUUGAGCACUUUGUACCCUGCUAAAGGCUUGAAAAGACUGUGAAGAAAGACUGUUAUGCUGUUGAAGUCUUGAGCGAAAGAUUUUUUUAGAUGGAAGGUAGGGAAUGUUUUCUUGUAGGAAAUAGCCCACGUUGAUGUUUAUUCUAGCCCCUACUCCUGCCCCCGUAGUCUAAUGAUGGAAUGUGAUAGAUACCUGCGUCUACCAAUCAUAGAAGAGAGGGCAUAUUUUAUUGUUUGCAAGAUUUUGGUCAUUUUUAAUCCAUGAGGAAAACUAAUUUCUGUGGUUCAGCCAUAGCUCCAACCGGUUGGAAAAUAACCGUCCUUCAAUUUUUAAAGUUGUUUUUACAGUCUAUUUUGUAAUACUGACACACAUGCAGUCAUGAUUCUGCCACUGAUAAUCCUUUGUCGACAGUACAUUCACGAUCUUAAUAACUUUCUGCUUUAGCCUAAAGGAAUAGUUCAACAUUUUUGGGAAAUAUGCUUGUUUGCUUUCUGCCAAGAGAUAGAUGAGAACAUUGACACCACACUCUUGUCUUAACGGUUGAUGUGGAGAUGAGUAGUAGCCUGAAGGCUGGAGGGGGGAAACAGCUAGCCUGGAUUUAUCCAGAGGUAACUUAAACCAUUUCUACACCAAAAUAAGUUUCCCACUGCUAGGAGUUUGCCUUUCUUGUAACUCAGUUUUUUGUCAUGUGGGAAAGAGGUUCAUCUACAGAUGUGCGGUUUUUGCAUUUUGUUCCCUUUCAGACACAGCCAUGUAGCUACUUGUCCCAGUUUUUAAGCUAAGCUAACUGGCUCCCCGCUUCAUAUUAAUCACUCAGAUGUGAGAGUGGUAUCAGUUUUUUCUUCUAACAGUCCUCAACAAAAGAGAAGCACAUUUCUCAGAAUGCCUGAACUGUUCCUUGGAAAUGGCGAACAGCUCGUGCGUACUGCACUUUGGAUCAAGACGUUGGCAGACUCACCACCCUGUAAACCUCCCACAGCUGCUGAUAACCUUUGAACCCCCUCUGCUCCUCUAACGCCCUGUAGGCACCUUGUCUUAAUGUCUGUAUAACUUUAGAAAAUUUGCACGUUUGUUUGUCCGCUUGCUAGUCAAUCCCCCUUAACGUUUGAAAGCACUUAGCAUCAGUCACCUCAUGGAGUAGUGGCGCAGUUUGAGUCGAGCGUCACUGACUGGGGAGGCAGGCAAAAUGGAUCCUUUAUUCUCUGGGAACUAUUUCAGUGCCAAACUCCUGUUUUGUCUGUUUUCGGUGACGCCGAAAAGUUGGUCAGUGUUUGUAUCAAAAUAGGAAAACACGUCCCAGUAUUGAUGCUUUUUUAAAAAUUUGUCCACAACUUGUCAGCAAAGUGAAUUAUGAGUGAGCUUCAGUCAGUUAACGAGUGAUAACCGAGCUGUAACAUAAGGCACUUGCAGAUGUGUGAUCACAAAGAAUAAUGUAGGUCUGUCUCUUUUCUUUGUGUGUCGUGUGAGUAAUUUGAAAUGUGCUGCAAUGUUUCCAUCGUUUCAUCAGCACAAAAUAAUCCAGGUUUUGACGUGAAUUUGAACCUUACAGAGGAACUUUAUAAAGUUAUAAAGAAAAGCUCUUGACAGAUUUAGAGAUGAUGCCCUGCCAGUUUAAAAAUAAUUGGAUAAAUGUGUCAGGUGAGUGACUACAAAGUGCUCGCUGGUGCAUUUGAAUAUGAGAAAAAAAAAAGUCAAACGAUUCUGCUGCUGGUUUUUGUCGCUAAGCUAUCCAAACAAGAAAUGUAAAAGCACUCAUUAUAAAUGUUGAAGCGCUCCCAUGCUCAGGUUGUUGAAAUUUGAUGUCCGAUUCACACAGUAUGUGGUUGUCCUUGUUCAGUUGUUUUGUGUCCUGAAUUUAAGAACCAAAAAAAAAAAACCCUUCAGUUUUUGGAUUCCCAAAACGUGUCUGCCUCUGUGAUUAAUAGUGUAUUUUUUGUCAGGUUCAAGUCGUCAAAUUCACUCCACAGAUUAGGAUAACGUUUCAGGAAUGUGCUGCCACGGUCGUCAUUCACACCCAUGCUCAGAUUAAAAAAAAUAAAAAAUCCCUUCUGAAGUUUAUUCUAAAAGUUUUAAAAUCAUCUUCAUCAGUGCAUAGGGGUUACUCAUGGGUUACUUUCACAUUCAGUGUAUCCAAAUCUCUGCUGCUGCUCAUUUAAACAGGUAUAUAUAUAUAUAAUAUAUAUCGCACACUUGCCUCUUCUUGCUCAAAAAUGUAACCUCUCUUACUCAUUUGUGCAUUUUUGAGGAGGACAUCUGAAUAUGCAAUAGAAACGACAGAUAAUCUAUCACCGUCACAUUACAAAAUGUGGUCGCUUCCUCGUUCUUUAUUUUCCAGUAUAAGCUAUUUUCAUACAGGAGAAUCACACUUAACUUUAUCUCUGCAGGCCAGAUUUUCAGGAAACAGAUACACUUAUACAGUCAUAACACACAUUUAAAAAAACAACUGUUUGUUUGAAUGCAAGGUGACCAAAGCAAGUAGAAACAAACUCAAAAUUACGUAGCUCCUAGAAUACAAAUGUACAGUUCUUUGUUUUGGAUUUUUUUCGCGAGGGAGGGGGGGGUUGUUGUUUUUUUGUUUUUUUUUAAAAACACAUUUUUUACUCUAACACAAUGGCUUUGGUCAAAUUCUGUAAUACUGUGAAUAGGAUAGGAAUUGGUCUUUUUCACACACACACACAAACUGUUUGUGAAAGUAAUCAACCAGCUUGAAUCUAAAAAAAAAAAAAGAAAAAAAAAAGAUUUGCACUACCCAAAUAUUGUUUGAAAAUCUAUUUUGUAUAAAACAUAUGCAGACAUUAACUUUUGAGAAUUAUCAAGGGCAGAUCAUGUUUCACUGGUAUAUGCUUUCUCUAAAAAAAAAAAAAGGUAAAUAAACAUUUGUUUUGCUUACAUUUUUUUGAAUAUGUACAUAUAAUCCAUUGUAAAGAAAAUGUGGUGUAUUUGUCUCCAAAUAAUAGUUUUUCUAUACCUUCCCUCUAUAUUAUUUCUCCUCUGUAGUGUGACUCCAGUCGAUCUUUUCCUCCAUUGAUUAAAGGUCAAACUGUCUGUCUUCGUGUGGUACUUCUCAUAUAAAAGGAACUGUAUGCUGAUGUUUGCCAUGAUAUUAACUCGAUGAUUCUGAACAGUGGAAACGGUAGGGCUCAUUGUAAGACACUUCCCGUGAUCACAACCAAGCACUUGUUCAAUCAAAUAAAUACGCUUUUCCAUUC